UCUGCAGAAAAGAUGAAUUCCAGCAGACCUACGGAAUUUCUACUGGUUGGACUUUCAGACCUAAUAAAGCAACAUACUUUGCUGUUUGUGGUAUUUAUGGCCAUGUAUCUUUUGAACAUUCUAGGGAAUGCAACCAUAAUUUUCCUAGUAAGGGUGGACUCCCAUCUCAACACACCCAUGUAUUUCUUCUUGGCUAAUUUGUCUCUUGUGGACAUAUUCUACUCUUCAACUAUUGUCCCAAAAAUGUUAGUGAACAUCAUGUCAGAAGAUAAGUCUAUCUCGUUGGCUGAGUGUAUUCUCCAGUUGUAUUUCUUCCUUUUUUUUGCUUGCACAGAAUGCUUGCUGUUGGCUGUUAUGGCAUAUGACCGCUUUGUGGCCAUCUGUAACCCACUGCAUUAUAUGGUGAUCAUCAGCCGCAGGGUUUGUGUCCUUCUUGUGGUUGGCUCAUGGUUGACUGCUUGUCUGCACUCCCUGUUGCAUAGUACCAUGGCUUCUAUGCUAAAUUUUUGUGGCAUAAAUAUAAUCCGCCACUUCUUCUGCGAUAUGGCCCCUCUGUUGCAGUUGGCUUGUUCAGAUACCUCUCUCAACAAAGUGUUGAUCUACACAGAAGGUGGACUCCCUGUUUUAAUACCAUUUGUAAUAGUAGUGUAUUCCUAUGCCCGUAUUAUCUCCUCAGUUCUUAAAAUACGUUCAACAGAAGGCAGAUACAAAGCUUUCUCCACAUGUUCCUCUCACCUAGCAGUGGUCAUCCUAUUUUACGGGACAAUCGCCUUCAUGUAUUUGCGCCCAUCUUCUAGCUACUCAGUACAUUAUGACAGGAUUGUGAGUGUUAUAUACACGGUGGUGGCUCCGAUGUUAAAUCCUUUUAUCUACAGCUUGAGAAACAAGGAUGUGAAAGGAGCAUUAAAAAAAGUUUUAAUUGCAAAAAAAAAUAUUUGA